AUGAGUGAUCAUCUGUCUAGUCAUCAUGCGGCUGGAUCGCAAACAUCACCAUCAUCAUCAAUAUUUGAAUCAUUUUAUAGAAAAUUCGAAUCAUUACGGAGGUCUAAUGUCUUAACAGAACUAAGAGACAUUCUUGAAAGUGCCUCUCUAUCAGAAUGCUUUGAAUUUUCUUCUAUAUUAUUACGUCCACUUGUGGAAUUUCUCAAUGAAGGUACAACACCAAAAUUUAAGAAGGAUGACAAGGAACAUCUUCUCAGACAAGUAAUAAUAGAAAUUAUACAAAAACUUCCACAUACAGAGUUAUUUGAUGAAAGAGCUGGGAAAAAAGAUGAUUUAGUACUUUUAGUCAAUUCUCUUAUUAAUGUCAUCAAGACAGAUAAUGAAAUCAAUGGAGUGGUGGCUAUUAGAUUAAUAAUCGAAAUUCAAAAAUGUUUCAAAUCAAACAUUACAGACUUUGUUCAACCUCUUAUUGAAAUAUUCCUACAUUUUUUCGGAAAUUUUGAAAAGAUUGUUGAGAAAUAUUUAGGAAGAAAACCAAAGAAAAAUGCAUCAGACCCAACAGUGGAAGGAGAAUCAUACCCUUUAACAGAAUUGGAUUUAAUACCUUCCAUGGAUAGUUGUAAAUUAAUGUUAGAGUUACCAGUAUUUAUUAUAUUCUUCUUCCGUACAUUAACAAUCAAAGAUACAAAUAAUAAUAUUUUUAUCAAAUUGGUUGAAAAGAUGUAUGAUAUUUUAAGAUAUGAAGUAUCAGUUUCUGAUUCAGUAAUGUCAUCUCCAUUUGGAAAAGAAAGAGUUGAAGAUUUCAUGUUAUUGAGGGUUAAAACUAUUUCAUUUUUGAUUUAUACCUCUUCUAAAUAUAAGAAUAAUGAUAAUUAUACAACGGAAAUACCUAGAUUUGUUAUUAAAUGUCUUAGGGAAUGUCCAGACGAAUGUAUAGCUCCAAGAAAGGAAAUGCUUUCACUAAUGAGACAUAUUGUUGAAAGACAAAAUGAUGAUUCUAAUACUAUUUGCAAAUAUUUUUUACCUUACAUGAAUGAAAUGUUGGAUGAUACUAUUUUAAUUGGUAAAAGUAGAUCUGCUCAAGAAACAGUAAGAUCAUCUGCUUAUUCAACAGUUCUAGAAAUAUUGAAAAAUCAAUUGAAAAAUAUUGAAUUUUCUCCUUCUAAUAUUGCUUCAUGCAUUUUAUUUUGUACUAAGGUAUUAUUUGAUUCAUCUUUAGGAAUUACAAUUCAUGGUUUAGCAACAGGAUUGCUAGUAGCAUUAACUCAAAAUGUUUUUGAUCAAAUAAGAAAGAUAUCUGGAGUUUCAGAUCCAUCUGGUGAUGUCUGUGCUGCCUUGUCUGGUAUUUCAGAAGAGUCACUUUCACAAAUCACCAAAUUUAAGGAUCAUUUGUUGAGUAUUAUUCAAACAUUUGUUCAAAAGAUUAAGUUCAUUUCUAAUUUUAUCAAAAAGAUAAUACAAUAUAAGAAUAUUCAAAAAUCUUCAACAUUGAACGAAAAGGAACAAACUGAUGAUAUGACAAUGAUUUUACCAUUUAGUCCAUACAAAUCAUGUGAAAAUUUUAAUGAUGAUAUUUCUUAUUGCUCCAUGAUGUUUAAACAAAUAAUUUUUGGUUUAAAGUCAACAGUACUUCUAUAUAAUAUGAUACCAAGAAAUGAGAAACAAAAAUUCCCAGAAUUAUCAGUAUUAUCUAAACUUUUUAGAUAUGGAUUGGAUUGUUUCGAUAUUUUCAAUUUAUAUUCAGAAGAUACAGAAUAUGGUCAAAAGCAACGAGUAUUAGAUGAAAAGGAAAUAUUUAAUAACUAUUCAUCUUUAUAUACAUCACUACCUUCGGCUUUAUUUACAGAAAUAUUCAAAACUCAAUUUGAUUAUCUAUACAAAAAAUUAUUAGAAGGAAGAACAAUGACAUUUAUCCAUAUUCCAUCAAAUAUUCUCUCAUCUUCUCAACAUAUUGCUUCAAUUCUCUCAGAGAUACUCUUAAAAUUUUUACUGAAAAGAAUGGAUAGAAUACCAAAAGAUCGUAAAGAGGCUUAUUAUAUUCACAACCUAUACAAAUUAGUAUUUGGUUCAGUGGUAACAUUCCCUAAGAAUGAAUCUAUUUUAAAAAAUCAAAUGACCUCGAUUGUUACAUCAUGUUUCAGUUAUGCAUCUAAAUAUAAGGAUUGUUUAGAUUAUUAUCUAAUUUUAAGAUCUUUAUUCAGUUCAAUCCUUACAGCUAAAUUUGAUUUACUUUGCAAGGAAUUCAGUCAAUUACUUCCAACAGUUUUGGAAAAAUUGUCUGAUUUGGUAAAUAAUGCUCAUGACAAGGAAACAAGGAAUAUAUUUGUAGAGCUUUGUCUAACAGUUCCUUCCAAGUUACACGUUUUAUGCCCUUAUCUUUAUUUAUUAAUCAAACCAAUACUGUAUGCUUUAGAGCCUGGUUCAAGUGAGAAGGCUGUUAGUGCAGCUUUAAGAAAUCUGGAUUUGUGGGUUACUAGUUUACGUAAUGAAUCAUUAGAAGCCAUUCUUAAACCUGUUAUACCAGAUUUACUUAAAGCACUAUUCUCUCAUUUGAAACCUCCUCCAUACCCUCAUGGAUCUGCAGUAAUGAAAUUAUUAGCUAAGUUGGGUGGUAGUCACAGACAAUAUAUGAGUGAAUUAACUUCAGUUAGUGUCAAGUCACCAAAUGCUUUAUUCCUAAAUAUUAAUUUUAAUUCUAAUCAAACGGAAUCAUUACCAAUGGAUGAAUUGGUUGAUACUUCAAUUGAAAUUUGUUUCGAUAAGGAUCAAGAUGUACAAACAAAAAAGAGUGCAUUUGAUUUUUUGAAAACAUCAUUACUUACUAUGAUGUCAUGUACAGAGCAAAGUCUAGCUAUACCAAAUGAUUUCAAAUUUAGUUUUAAACAUAUUAACCCUAAAAAGUAUUUCCACAUUUCUGCAUCAUCACCAAAAAGUUGUGAUCCCUUCCAAAAUAUUUUAGAUGUUUUGGAGCCAAAAGGAUCAAUGCUUUAUGAAAGUGAAAUUGCCAUAUUUACCAAAAUUUUGAAAAAUAUCUUCUUAUUUAUGAACUAUGCUGUAAAGGAAAAUCUGGUUGAAUGUAUAGAAUUUACCAAAUCCUUGAUCAAACACUUUGCAAUUUUAUCAAUAUUUGUGAAUAUUAAUGUUGAACAAGCUUCAAAGUUUAGAAUUAAUCCUGAUUGGUUCUAUGAAGUUUUAAUGAGUGUUUUUGAAGAGGAUUGUACAGAAACAUCUCCAUCUGUUAAUGUAGGAGAUUUUAUCUUGUACAUAUUUACAGAUUAUGUUUAUGAAUUGUGUGAUAAUGAUGCUGAUAUGGUAAUUCAAUUUGGUAUUUGGGAAAGACUUCAAUCAAGAUUCACCAAAUACCUAUAUCAACCUGAAUGGUAUAAGAAAUGUGUUGGUGCAAAAGGUAUAAUCUUCUUAAGUGAAAAUAUUACACCAGCUUGGUUGGUUCAUUAUGAAGCUGAUAUUGUUCGUGCUCUAUUCUUUUCACUGAAGAAUCAACCUCCACAUAUGCUUUCUCAUACCAAUCAAAUAACAAUCAUGGCAGCAGAGAGUAUUAUCAAAGCAUGUUAUAAUACAGCUAUCUUUGAUAUUACACAUCUUUGCAAUGGUCAAAUCAACGAAAAGAUUGUAAAGGUUGAUAAUGCACCAGAUUCUCUUACAGAAGGAGAAGUUGUAGUUCAUGUUGAAAAAGUUGGAAGAGAAUCUAUAUUCAGAAAGCGUUUGAUUCUUCAUUUGCUUUACACUGAAUUGACUAGUACUCAAUCUCAUAUUCGUAGAUUGGCUCAAUCACUCCUAAGAUUAUGUUCAGAAUUAAUGAACAUUCCAGUUCUAGUAAUACUUGAAAGGUUUAGACAAGAAUUGCCUAUUAAAGAUGAAAAGCAAGCUAAGGAUUUGUCUCAAAUUACAGUUAUGCUUGAACUUUUGGUCUUCCAAUUGGCAACAAGGGAUUCUAAUCUUACAGGUUCCACUAUUUCUGUAGCGUUUAAUAAGGCUUUGACAUUACUAAGAAAUGAUGAUUAUGGGAAGGAGACAAAGGAUCAAAAGAAAAUUUUCAAUGCAAAAAUUGUUGCCUUGAAACUAAUUAGAGAAGCUGUCGUAAGCAAAGAAUUAAGAUAUAAUGAAAAAGAUCAACUCAAGACAAUGAUUGAAACAUUUUGUAAAUUCCUUAACGCUCAGAAUAAGGAAGUUGUCACUAUUGCUAAAACAGCAUUAAUAUCAUUCAUAUCUCAAUUUAAAACUCCAAAGGAUUCUUUACAACAUUCCUUGAGACAAAUAUCUACAAACUUUCAAAAGCAUGCUCACUUUACAUUAUUAUUCCUUCAAGGAGCCUCAUUUUUCCUCAAGUUUAACUCUAACAUGCAAGGACUCAAAUUUGGUCCUAACUUGCUUGAUAACCUUAAGAAAUGGCUAGAUAAAUCAUCAAUCAAGCAUAUUCAAAAUGUUAAAGAAAAACCUCUAGUUGCUGCAGAGAUGAUAUCUUUAUUUUCUAUUACUGAUUCAGCUGAGUUUUUGCCUCAAAUAGUUCCUAUGGUUCUUCAAUUGGAAGCAGUAUGGUCAGACGAAAUUAAGAGUUCAAAUCCAUUUAUUGCUCCUCUUGCCAAGUAUUUGAACAUAUAUUAUGAAGAUGCUAUCAAGUACUUCUUUGAUCCAACUAGUGGGUGUUUUGUACUGUCUUCUAAGAGAAACUAUCAAUUCUUUAUGGAUAUUUUGAAAUGCAGAAAAUCUAUUGAACUUACAGCUCAUUUAUUGUCCCAAUCUAAUAUUAUUUCCAAUUUAUUGUCAAACAUUACCAAAUUAGAUUUUUAUUCAGAUAAUUUUGCUUCAGAUCCAAAUAAUGUUCUGACACUAGUUGGUAGCAUUACAAAAUUAUCUCCAGGUUGGUUUACUAAAAAGAAACCAGUAUUCGAUGAGAUUUUACGAUUAUGGCUUAUGAAUAUCAAGUUUGCCAAUAGUUUACACAAUAGUAAUCAGUCGAACCUAGAAAUAUCUCCAUUGUUAGAUGUUCAAAUAAUUAGGUUUACAAGAAAGCUUAUCAAAUUUAUUAUUAAUUAUUGUGAUUGUAAUUCAAAUGAGGUUAUAUCACUCUUUGAAAUUGUCAAGGUAUUUGGAUGUGGGCUUGUAAUGGAUUUGACUUUUGUUAAAGAUUAUUUCAGAACAAAAGUUGGUUUGGAGUAUUCCACUGAAAGAAAGGAAGAGAUAUUACAAAACUUUUGUGCAUUGUUUAAACGUGAUGAAAUUUCUUUCCAUUUGAAGUCUGAUGCACUUAAACAUAUUGUUAUACCAAUAGUUAAUGGUGCUGCUAAAUCUGGUACUGUUUUUAAUGUAAAAAUUAUGGGAAUGUUAUUUGAGGAAAUUUUGCAAACAUUACCACAAUCAUUAGCCAAGUUAACAGAUAAGGAAAAAUAUUCUUUGAAAGUUGAUUUACUACAACUAGCUACCUUGUUUGUAAAAUACUUCCCAAAGUCCCAUGUAGAGGCUUGUUGGAAGUCAAUUGUAAAAUUCUCCUAUGAAAAUUGCAUUGUGGAUGAUAUUACUACAAAUCAAUGUGCUUUUGUUUUGAUUUCACACCUGAUGAACAAGAUAGGAUUGCCAGCAAAAGUAGUCCAACAGGUAUAUAUUGCAUUCUUAAAGGAUUGUAAGAAAGAUAGCAAAUCUCUUGUUUUACCUGCUUUGGAUAUGAUUAUUCAACCGGUUAAGGAUGCACAAUUACCAUCUAAUGAUUCUAAAUUCCCAACCUGGAUUAGAGUUACAAAGAAAACCCUAUUGGAAGAUUCUCCUUCAGCUAUUCAACUCUUAAAUAUUUGGACAAUAUUUAUUAGACAUGCAGAUUCAUUUUAUGAAUCAAGAGAGUUUUUCAUGUCCAAGAUGAUAAACUCCCUCUCUAAAAUUGGAUAUUCUUCAAUGAAUUUGGAGAAUAAGAAAUUAUAUAUACAAUUGGUUGAUUUAAUAAUAUCUUGGGAAGAGAGGGCAGCUGGUGUUUAUCACCCUGAGGAUGAUAACGACAAGAAGAGAAAAGUAGAGCAAUUGGAACAACAAGACACAAAUGGAUCAAAGAAGAGAAAAGUAGAUGAAGCUAGUUCAGUUCAAUCCAAUAACGGUCCUGUUGAUGUGGACACUUUUAGACUUAAGCCUCAAUCUAGAAGCAUUGUACUUAAUUACCUUCUUCGUAUGUGUGUAUUUGUGAGCUCUUUCCAACCAAGAACAGAAAAACCACAAAUACUUUACAAAGAAUGUAUUAGUAUCCUUAAAAGAGCUCUUAAUUUGUGGAAGGAGGAAACUAUUUCAUUUAGUCAAAUUGAAAAACAAUUUCCUAACUCAGAGGAAGGUUCUUCCACUUUGAAUCCAACAUCCCUAUGUUGUAUUCUAGAACUGAUGACUUUAUUCGUAGAGUUGAAUAGAGGAAUUAUUCAACUAAACGCUCAAUUUGCUAAAAAGCUCAUUCCAUUCUUGGCAAACUCAAAUAUUGAUGUUAACAAGAAUGCAUGUAAAUUCUUCAAGACUUUAUUACAACAUUUUGAUCCUCUAGUUUCAAAAGAUACUGACGUUCAGGAGUUUUAUUCAGUUAUUUGGUCAUCAAUCAAAGAAACUAUUGGUAAAUAUGCUGGAAAAGAGAAUACCAAUCAAGUAGAUAAUUUAUCACACAUUUACACAGUUGUUGUUGGUUCAUUUGGCCAUUUAUUGCUCUUACAUAUUCUUUGUGACCAUUACCAAAAUGAAGAAACAAAACAACAAUUUUUUAAACAAGUUUAUGGACUUUUAAACAAAAUAUUGAAGCAAGUUGGACAAGUAGAAUGGAAAGAUCUUCUUGUUGGUUUUGUUGAACUUUGUCUAUCUUUCCUUGUUGAUGGUCAUGAUCCUGUUGGAAAACACUUCCUCUCUGCUAUUAUCUUCCUUGUUGAAAAACCUGACAUUUUGAACAUAUUCAGUCCUAAUCUACUCCAUUUAAUAAUUGAUAUUGUUUUCCAUUUGGUAAAACCAAAUCCAUCCAAUACUAUUGUUAGAAGUUAUACUCUUCCACUUGGAGAUGAUUUGAAGAUGACGAAGUUAGGAAAACGUGCCUACAAAGUACCAGACCUUCAAAAGGUUGGACUUCUCAUCAAAUUAGUUACACUUUUUGAGCAAGCUCCUGAUGAACUUAAUGAUUUGAAACGUAUUUAUUUUACUUUGUUAAUGGAAGUUUAUCAACAAAUGGAUGAUACCAACUCACCAAUAUCGAAGAGAAUAGAGUUUUGCUUCAUGUCUGGACUCAAGAUUGAAUCAAAGGAUCUCAAAGAUAUCAAGACUAAAUACCUAUCUAUUUUAAAUAGAAAAGUCGAAAAAACAGCUUUUAAGAGAUUGCAGUUUGUGAUUGAGAGUUCAAGAUGGGAGCCUUUGAGUGAUAGAUUCUGGAUAAAAUAUGCUCUAGAACUUUUAUUAGAAUCAAUUAAUGGAGAAGAAAAAUUGAAUUGUGAUAAGAAUACAGCCAAAAUUUCACCAAUAUCAAUUGACUUUGGUAAGAGGGAUGGAACAAUUUUAAGAGGAUAUGAAAGAAUAUCUUAUGCGUUAACGCAACACGAGACGUUUGUUAAUACUAUUCCAAAUUUGAAGUCUAUUGAUAUGAUAAACCCACUCAAGGUAUUAAUAAGAGCAUCUACAAACAUGUCGUUUAAGGCAUGGGGAGCCUUUUUCGCAAUUGCUUGGAAUCAAUUAAACAUGGAAGAGAAGAGCAUUAUACAAGGACAAUUACAAAAACUUCUCUCCGUAGAGUAUCAUUCCAAGCAAUAUGUCAAAUAUCCUAAUGUUAUUCAGGCAUUAUUACUUGGUGUUAAUAAUGUGGUACUUUGUGGAAAAUCAGAAGCACCAUUCCUAUCAAUUCAUCCAGAAACCCUCAAAUUUAUUGGUAAAUCUUUUAACGCUUGGUCUUUAACUAUACCACUACUUGAAGAAGAAUUGAGAGGAAUGCUGAACGUUGGCAUUUUUGAUGAGAAGACAGAAAAAGUAUGCAAUUCACUUGCAGAACUUUAUAGAGUUUUGAAAGAGGAUGAUAUUCUUGCUGGAAUUUCUAGAUCUUGUGACAUUACUGAUCAAACAAAAUUAGUACUUUCCUUAGAACAAAGGAAUAAUUGGAAUGAAGCACAAGAGGCACUCAAAGAAUUGACUAAUGCUUAUCACCGUGGCCAAAUUAAAAAGAAAGUCACACAUACUGAAUUGCAAUUAUGGGAGGAACACUGGUUAAGUUGUUCCAAGAAACUUCAACAAUGGGACGAACUUACUAAAUAUUCCCAAGCCUCUUCCAAUGCCACAUCUCUUCUUAGUUUAGAGUGUAUGUGGAAGAAUGGAAAUUGGCAACAGAUGAAAGAACUUUUCCAAAAGCAUGCAUCAAUGGAAAAUCAACUUUUAAAAUUCUUCCAAAUCAGUUGUUUGAUAAUGCAAGAUAAGGAAGUUGAAGCUGGUGAAACGUACAUUGUUGCACAACAAUUAGCUCUUCAACGUUGGUGUGCACUACCAUCGUUCAUGUGUGGUAAUCACACUUUUAUGUUACAUAUUUUCCAACAAUUGUAUGAACUCAAUGAGUCUGCUACACUCUUAACUGAUACCAAGAAACCAAUUUCUACCAAUGAGUUGAAAGGUUUUUUGACUACUUGGCGUGAUAGACUUCCAAACAAAUGGGAAGAUAUAGGUAUUUGGAAUGAUAUUUUCACUUGGAGAUGUCAUAUUUUAAAGAAGGCAAUCGAAAGAUUUGAUCAAAAGGAAGAAUUUGCACACCAUAGAGCCUUAUUAUUGAAUGAAACCAUUUGGUCGUUACACAAAUUCUCUAAAAUCUCUAGAAAACAAAACUUUAUUGAGCCUGCAUUAAGAAUGCUUUCAGAGACAGGUAAAUUACUACCAACUCUAACAAGCGAAACAAGUGAAGUGUUUGUUAGAAUAAUUGAAAUAAUUAAGAGCUUGAUUAAGGAUAGAAGAUAUAAUGAUGUUUUGGAUUAUAUUGAAUCUGAUACAAUUGCAACAACAAAACUCAAGACAACUCAAAAAAUGGAAAUUUUGAGGUUGAGAGGGGAAGUAUAUUCAAUUUGUGGUCGUUAUGAUGAAAGUUACCAAACAUAUGCUCAAUCUGUUUCCUACUUCCCUCAAGAACCAAAAUAUACCUCUUCAAUUACAACAACACCAUCAUGGGGUAAAAGUUUCUUCAAGUGGGCACUAGUUUUAGACAAGUUAUUUGUUGAAAAAUGGAAUUCACCAAAUAGACAUCAAAGAACCAAACAAAAUUCUACAAAACAUCCAACUCUCUCAAUGACUGCUUUGGAAUUUGCUGAAAAUUGUAUUGCUGCCUAUUUGUUGGCAAUUAAAUAUUCUGGAGGUGCCACUAAUCACCAAAGUAUUCAGGCCUCAGGUGCUACAGUUAGACAGUAUAUUGGACGUGUAUUGUGGUUAUUAUCAUUUGAUGAAGCUCUACCAACAGAAAAAUCAAAAGCAACUCAAGAAGCUGUUUAUCCACUUCAAAAAGUUGCUGAAAAGACUAUUGGUGACAUUCCUGCAUGGAUGUGGAUUCCUUGGCAUCAACAAUUAUUCUCCAUGCUACAUCGUCGUGACUGUGAAGCCAACAUUGCCAAACAAUUGUUGAAAGCCAUUCUCCUCAACUUCCCUCAGUCUUCAUUCCAUACAUUUAGAAGCUUUGUUCAUGAUUUGAGAGAACUGUUAUCUUCUAUUACUAAGAAGGUAUCCACUAAAUCUGAUACCGGGGAUGCUACAGCACCUGCUACUCUAAGAAGUAAUAACUCUAAUAUUCAUGUUUCUAUCAAGACUAGUGCUGAAUCGUCUCAAAAUCAUAAUCAAUUCUAUCACGAUUUCUUCAAAAAAGUGAGAAGUCGUCUUGAUGAAAUUAUGCAAGAAGGUAAUAAGCAAUUAUUUAAUGAUUUGGAAUCAAUGUACAAAGAGUUGACAAAAUACAAGUCUGAACCUGAAGAAGAAUUAGCCAAAUCAUUUGAAUUAAUGUUAGAAAUAGCCUUCGGAUUUAAUAUUUAUUCAAAUCAAGAUGCCAUGAUUCUUGAUGAUGAGACCCAUUUCAUUCCUCCUAUAUUGAUAGAGUAUUCAAAGAGAAUUAUUGAAUGUUACUUUGGUGAUAUUAUUCAACCUGGAACUGUUCCACAACAACCCCAACCACAACAAGCAAAGACUUCCUUCUUAUCAGAAUAUCAAAGUGAAAUUGUAGCUGAUAUUCUACCAAGAAAAGAAAGACUUGAAUAUGCCAAGACUUUGAAAUAUGUAGCUAAAACUAUAACUAAUCUUGGUCCAAGAACAAUAAUAGAGCUUGUAAAUAACUUGAAGAAAUGGAUUGGUGUUAUUCAAAAGAAGAAAAUCAAUUUGAUUCCAACUAUUAUUGGUAUUGAAACUCAAAAAGCUAAAUUAAUGGAACACAAAUCUUAUCCUGAUAUUGAAAUUCCAGGACAAUAUGAACUCACUAGUGAUAGGGAACCAUUCGCUGAAAGGCAUGAAAGAAUUCUUUGUCUUCUUCCGUCAAUAUCUAUGAAGAAUAAGAAGAAUAGAGAAACUGGUAGAAGUAUUUCUUUGAGAAGUGUUUCAGGAAAGAUCUUUAAAUUCUUUAUUCAAUCAACCUCUUCUGUUGAUGAUACUACUCUCAAGACAGAAGAAAAAAUGGCCUCUCUCAUUAGACAUAUUAACAGAUUGUUAGAUAAGGAUAAAACUGCAAAGAGUCAUAACAAUGUUCACUUGGAAUAUCCUAUAAUCAUUACCGCCAAUCAAAGAAUUAGAUUUAUUCGUGAAGAUUAUGAUUAUAUUUCCUUGGAUGAAAUAUAUCAUGAUUAUUGUGAAUCCAUGGCUAAAUCCAUUGAUACUCCAAUACUUAAAUAUUGGCAAGAAAUGAAUAAGGCAUGUUCUGAGCACCAAAAUGAGCUUGAAACAAAAUUGAAUGUAUUUAACACCAUUCUUGAAUCUAGAGGAAAUGAUGAUUUAUCUCUAAAAAUUCCUGAUACAAUAAUGCUCAACUACUUUAGAGGUAUUUGUCCAAGUUGGAGUGAAUUUUACAAGAUUCGAAAGACAUUUGGUGGCCAAUUGGGUAUUUAUAAUGUGUUGAAUUAUUUACUACAUACCAAGGAUAGGCAACCAUAUAAGAUUCUCAUUGCAAAGAAUAGUGGUAAUCUUUUCCAAUUCGAUUUAAGACCUAAUAUUCAAAAAUCUACUGGUUUAAUUGUUAGGGAUGACCCAACACCUUUUAGACUUACUAGAAAUAUGAUUCAAUUCCUCUCUCAAUUUGGUGUUGAAGGCUACUUGUUGAAUUCAAUGUCUUCUGUUGCUUGUUCCCUUUCUGAUAACAAGGAUGUUUUCGAAUCUCUUAUUCAAUUAUUUAUUAGAGACGAACUCAUCUCUUAUCAUAACUUUAAUGUAGAUUUACUCAAUAAUGAGAGUAGCACUCCAAUGGGAGAAAACCGUUUCUGUUUCAAUGAUGACCUUGUUAAGGGUUGCGUUCAACAAAACCUAGAUUCAAUUAUGGGAUUAGUUGCUGAAAUGGCUCCACCAAUUCCACAAAAUUUGACUUGUAAUCCACCACAAGUUCUUCCAGCAAAGAAGAAGUCCAAGAAGGAGUCCGUAUCUUCAGACACUAUUGAUAAUAUUUCUGCUGCUUCUCCAAGUGUUACAACACCAUCUACUCCAUCUUCUUUCAUAUCAACUCCAACGAUUUCAGCGAGCUCCCAACCUGUUUCUAAUAUUUUAGACUUGCCACCCCUCAAUAGCAAGGUCUAUGAACUCAUUCAACAAGCUUCACAACCUGAAAGAUUAUGUUUGAAAGAUCCAAGUUAUUAUGCAUGGUUCUAA